AUGAUAUGGCAGAUAGAGUCAGUAAUCCAUGAAAUGUAUCAUGUUAUCGGCGGGACUCAUGAAGUGCAGCGAUUGGACAGGUCGGAUCACGUGACAAUCCUAUGGAAGAAAAUCAGGGGUGCUAAUAUGAAUCAAUAUAUUGUCAGCGGAAAUACCAGAGACAGGUUCCCGUACGACUACCACUCUGUUAUGCAGUACAGAUUGAGUACGUUUCCCACGUUUCCGAAUGACAUCACCAUUGAACUGCCCGACCCCGAUUUGAACUAUUUGGCACUAAUACCUAAAAAAGGUUUCUCUUUUCUGGACAUAGCGGAAAUAAAUGACGCUUACCAAUGUACAGAGAGUUGUACAAUUAAAUGCCAUAAUGGCGGGUUUCCUAUCAAGCCCGUGGGAGCCAGCUGUAAAUGUCAUUGUCCGUCAGGACUUACAGGAGAGGACUGUACAGGGGUGGAAAACAGCCUAAAUUGUGGUGAAGUAAUUCACUUACAACCCGGGAAGGAUCAGAAUAUACAGAUUAGUAAUUAUCAACAGGGCAGAGAGUGUACGUGGAUAAUAAUGGGAAAUCCUGGCUCCAGAAUGCGCGCCAUUGUGACGUCAAUGUCGCUGCCGUACAAAAAAGAUCACAAUACGUGUGAACACUGGUUAGAGUUCCGGGACUACCACAUCGGAACCCCGGGCAAAAAGUUGUGUGGCAGCAUUCAGGAAACGAGUGACAUGAAGUCAUACAAAAAAUAUCUGGUUGGGAAUCCAGCAAUAAUGAUGAUGAGGUUCAAUACAAAGAACCAGAUUCCUUCCACCGCAGACAGAUACUUCACAGUAAACGUCAAGGCUUUGGCGUCAGUUUGUGUUUCUUCUCCGUGUAAAAAUGGCGCAGAGUGCCAGGAAGAUCCUGUUGAUUGGUCCUAUGUCUGCUACUGUGAAAAUGGAUUCUCAGGAAAAAAUUGCGAUGAGUUUGCAGACAAUGGACAUAACUUCUGCGACUUUUCCAAGGACCUUAAAACCUGCAUUCUAAGUCAGGACCUGCAGGAAUCGGACUUCAUAUGGACAUUUGCCGCAUUUAUCUGCUAUGACUCUGCUUGUAAAAAAGGGGUAUACACAUAUCAAGGUAGAGGAAACCAGUUUUUGACAAUCGACCCAGGUUACAAAAACAGUGCACUAGCCAGGAAAUCGUCAGUUCUCGUAACGACCGCCAAUUUUACAGAAAAAGAUCGCUGUUUGACUUUCGAUUACAACAUGGGAACCUACUCAAGAGGAGACGGAUCCCAGACCAUGGUCAGAGUUUACAGGCAGGGGGAAACUACGGAAGGAGUAAACAGGGAACUACUCUGGGAACUUUCUUCGAACACCAACUAUACAUGGAUGAAGGCCGCCAUUAGUAUCCGUAAAAUGAAGAAAUUGAAGAUUGUAAUUAAAGCUAUAAUGGGUUCCCAGGAGCUAGGAAUUGACAAUAUGCUACUUCGCCCAGGGUUGUGUUCUGAAACUGUCUGUAAUCCUAAUCCUUGUAUCAAUGGCGGAACCUGUCAAUCAAAAGGAAGUCCAGCAACGCAUUACUCCUGCACAUGCCCAACCGGAUACACAGGAAUAAAUUGCGAAAAACAUACAGCCUGUCAUCCAAAUCCUUGUAGAUAUGGUGGGACGUGCACAGCAACAGGAAGUGGCUCCGACUUCCUGUGUCACUGUCCUUUUGGUUUCUAUGGAGAUAUAUGUGAAAAAAAUAAGAUAGAUCCAUGCUUGUCCUACCCAUGUCAAAAUAAUGGCGCUUGUAAAGCAGCCCGGGCGAGAGACGGCGUUCCGUUUACAUGUACCUGCCAACCCGGUUAUACUGGGGACACGUGUGAAGGGUAUUCCUGUACCUUCGAGACUGAAAAACGUUGUUUCCUCAACAAAGAGUACGGAUCCCUGCAGUGGGAACGACAAGAGGGUCCCACUCCCAGCCCAAGUACGGGUCCGAUGAAGGCAGCAGAGGGUCGGUUUUAUCUUUAUUUGGAAGCAACUAAUGCUAAACCAAAUGCCUACUCGCGGCUUUAUUUCAUUCCACACCAUGAAAAAGGUUUGCUUGUUAGACCCAAUAACAUUUUGUUCUUUUAA